GGAUUUUGCUCACAACGGGGUUUUGCUUUGCAGUGUCAUUCAGCCAUGGCUUCUCCAGACAGCGGCUCAGCCAUGGAAGCCUUGCAGAAAGACUACCAGGACACAGUGAUCGAACUCACUGGCAAAAAGAAGGACAUUGUCGAUCCUUUCCGGCUUGAGUACGAGAAACUGUACAAGGCUCUGAUGCGUUCUCAUGAAGCUGAAAAGCGACUGACCAAGAAGAUCCGAGAUCUGAACUCUGAGAUCAGCACCAGUGCACAAAAUGUGCAAACUGCACUCAAAACAGCAGCGGAAGAUCAGCAGCAGAUUGCGACCCUCAGGCAAGAGAUCGACGCCAAGCAGAAACUCGUGGAGGAGGCCAAUAGAAAAGAGGAGCAGGCAAAAGAGACCAUCAGCAAGCGAAAGGCCGAAAUUGAAGACUUGGUGUCAAGGAUAGAACAAGGAGCUGGAAUGUCUGAGGAGCAGGAGUUUCAGUUGAACCAGCUCAUUGGGCAGAAGGAGCAGCUCGAAAAAGACCGGGAUCUUUUGAAGCAAAACACUGAAAUGCUGCAGAGGAUCACACAAGGCCGUUUUGAUGAAGUGCAGCGGCUUGAAAAGGAUUUAGCGGGAGCAGAGGCUCAGAUUCUAUUGUUGAAGGACCAAAUAGGCGAGAAGCGUGGAGAGGUGGAAACUGCGAAGCGGGAGAAAGAGACGCUGGAACAGAAGAUGAAGGACCUGAGAGAAGAGAACGACCAGAAGCAAGAAGAGUUAGCAGCAGCCAGGAGGAAUAUCGCCCAAGAGCAGGCGGAGCUGCGGAAAAUCCAGCAGGCUGUGGCAGACACUGACAAAGAAGAGGAGCGAUUAGAAAGGCGGGUACAGCAGCGUAUGGAUGAGAAGCGAAAGCUUGAAGAAAAGCUGCAGCAGGAGACUUUGAAGAAUGAGAAGGUAGUCCAGGAAAAUCAGGGAAAAGAACAGCUUAUUAAGAAUCGCAGGGAUGAACUUCAGCGACAUAAACGAGAAAAGAACAAACUGGUCAAGCUCCACGAGGCCUUGAAAAAGAAGGACAAACAAGCAGAAGAUGAGAGACAAAAGGCAGAAGGGAAACGCAACGAGCUGAAGAGCGAGGUCAAGUCUGGUCAGGAAGCGGCCGAGUCGUUGAAGCGAGAUGCAGAUGUUGAUCGAAAGAAGAUCGAGGACUUGCUUCGCGAGCGCGAUAUCCUGAACAAAAACGUGGUGAAAGCAGAUGAGCGCACCAAGAAACAGAUUGACUUGGUGAAGCGUCAGGAAACGCAAGCUAUGAACCUGCAGAAGGAUAUCACCCGGUGGAAGCAGGAUGCCCUUGACUUCCAAAAACGGAUCUUGGAGCUUCAAAAGCAGCGCGAGAAGUAUGGGAUAGAGCUCUCCCAGGCGAACGCCAAAUACUUCGCCUGCAAAGAAGAACUUAAGAACCGUGGUUCCACCCUGACUGAACUAAAAAAGCAGAUCGCCAACGCAGAGGCAAAGCUGAACCAGCAGAAGAACCUCUACGACAAUGUCUGCAUGGAUAGGAACAUGCAGGCAAAGAGUUUGGUGGAAUCUAACGAAGAGAUCAAUGAAAUGAAUAGAAAGUUCAAGAUUAUAUCUCACCAGACAACAGCACUCAAAGAAGAAUUCCGAGAAAAGGACAGCAAGUUAGUCCGCGGGCAUUUUGAGCACAAGGAGUUGCUGAAGCACAAUGAGAAGCUGAAAGAUGCGAAGGAGAGAGCCCAGCGAAGGCUGAAGAGCUUGACCAACAUCGUUGAAACACAGCGUGCGCAGCUGAAGAAGCUGGAGAGCACCAUUCAAGAAGCAGAACAAGAACGGCAAGCGCAACUCAAGGAGCUUGAGGGCGUUGUCGGCGAGCGCGACAUCUUGGGUGCCCAGCUGAUCCGGCGCAACGAGGAGCUAGCCACCUUGUAUGAGAAGAUCAAGAUCCAGCAAAGCACAUUGCAGAAGGGUGAGAUCCAGUACCAGGAUCGGCUCAAAGAAGUAGCAAGACUCCGAGCGGAGAUCAGAGCGUGCAAGGGUGAAGUGGCGCAAGCCAAGCUGCAGGUCACAAAUGUGGAGACGUUGAAGCAAGAGAUUCAUUUCCUGAACAAGACCUUGUUACGAGAGGAGACCAAGGCGAAGGCUUUGCAGGAAGAGCUGGAGAAUCCCAUGAACGUUCACCGAUGGAGAGAACUCGAGUCCUCCGACCCGGCGACGUACCAGAUGAUCCAGAAGGUGAAGGCCUUGCAGAAGCUCCUCAUCUCAAAGACGGAGGAGGUUGUGGAGAAGGAUGCCCUGAUUCAAGAAAAAGAAAAACUCUAUGUGCAGCUCAAAAACAUCAUUGCAAGGCAACCCGGCCCAGAGGUGGCGGAGCAGCUUGCUUGGUAUAGCCAAAACUUGAAGGAAAAGACUGGCCAUAUGAAGCAAAUGGCUGCUGAGCUGGAGAUGUACCACAACCAGGUUCAAGACCUCAAAGAGGAGAUUGACCGCCACAACAAGGACUUUCAAAGCACCAAGCAGGCCUAUUUCCAGAUGCUGCGAACCCAGCUCAAGAGCCAAUCGACUUCGCAGGUUGCGGAAUAAACCCCGAGUUUGUUUCACUGAAUGCAAAUGCACCGAGCCCCUGCAAUCGCGGGAUUGCUGCAGAUGGUGGAAAGGUGGAUGUUUCACCCUCUCACACUGAAAACAGUGUGGAACGAGUCUCGCCUGGUGUCUCGAACUCUGUAUCACCUGGCGACCUGGCGGUGUACAAAGAAAAACAAUUGCGACCUUCGCCACAAGAGUCAUUC